CUCAGACACUGAAGUGCCACCUCCCUAUCGAGGAAGAAAGUUCGAGAAUGCCGCGACCGGGCAGAAACACAUACGACGAGCAAAAACCGCCGUACUCGUACAUCGCGCUGACGGCCAUGGCGAUCCAGAGCUCCGGAGAGAAGAUGCUGCCUCUCAGCGACAUCUACAAGUUUAUCAUGGAUAACUUCCCCUUCUACCGCCGGAACACCCAGCGCUGGCAGAACUCGCUGAGGCAUAACCUCUCCUUCAACGACUGCUUCAUCAAAAUCCCCCGCCGCCCCGACCGCCCGGGGAAGGGCUCGUACUGGGCCUUGCAUCCCAUGUGCGGGGACAUGUUCGAGAACGGGAGUUUUCUGCGCAGAAGGAAAAGGUUCAAACUUCGCCAGAUGCAGCUGCAGAUGCAGAUGCAAGGCGGCGCCCCACCUUCGCCCGAGUUGGUGGGGAUGAAAUCCCAGGACGCCAUUGAUACAGCGGCGUACCUACAGGAGGCCGCGGCCCGGGUGCGGCUUCAUCAGUCGUGGGCGGCGUCCGCUCGAUUCCAGCCUUACCUGCCUCCCCCCGCGCCCCCCACAAAACAUUCCUUCUCCAUAGAAAGUCUCAUCUCCCCCGAUUACAAACCAGCCUCCAGUAUUCACAUCCCCCCUCCCCCUCUGAUAGCCGCGCCCUUACCCUCCUUCGCCACCCAGUUCGCAUCUACCUUCCCCCCGGGUCUUGUGGCGUCUUACGCGGCAAGCCUCGACUUGUCCUCGUCCCUGGCCAACUCCCUCUCCUCCCUCUCCUCCCUCUCCUCAUUGUCCACGUCAUCCUUCAGCUCCAACUUCAUGUCCCGGUUCUCCAACAACCUUGACCUCCUCAAAUCAGCUGCGCACGAGACAGGGGCGUUUCCUUCAAUCCCCAUCAAACCCUCUCCUAUAAACCCCAUGAGUUUAAGCCACGCCGCCGCCCACCACGCGGCGUUCGUGGCCAGGGGUGGCCUCCCGGGACACCUCCUUCCGCCAUUUUCUGAAAAGCUCCUUUCACUCCCCCCGCCAUUGUUAAACCGGACACCGGCCCUGAUUCCCAGCCGCCCCCACAGCGGUGAAAGCUGACCUACAAUAUAGGAAAUCCUGUUACGUCUUUUUUUUUUAAACUAUCAUUAUUUCUUUUUUACACAAAAAUUAACCACAAAUUGGCUUCAAGUUUUGGUGAAGUGUUUCUUUUUGACAAAAAAAAAA